AUGGAUGAUGAACACCAACAAUUCAUCACUGAAGCAUUUACUUCGGCAAUCGAUCUGCCAACUCAUCAUCAUUCAAAUGAUAAUAACAUAAAUAUACAUCAUCCAAAUAAUGAUAUAUCUAAUGACGAAUCACAAAAUAUUAAUAUUAAUAAUAAUAAUAAUAAUAAUAAUAAUAAUAAUAAUAAUAAUAAUAAUAAUAAUAAUAAUAAUAAUAAUAAUAAUAAUAAUAAUAAUAAUAAUAAUAAUAAUAAUAAUAAUAAUAAUAAGAAUAAUAAUAUUAAUGACAAUAACAAUAACGAUAAUAACACCAAUAAUCAACCAGAAUCUACAAUUAUAACUUCAAAUAGUGAUUCUAUAACAACUCAUUUACAACCACAUACAAUUUUAUUACGUGAUGGUGAAACUAUUGCCACGAUGUAUCCAAUACCUCCCAAACCAGAAUUAUUACCAAAAGAUUUAUUAACUUUUUUAUUAGACGAGUUUAAUAUGGAAAUAGAAAGAGGAGAAAGUUUACCUUACUAUGAAACGUUAACCAUGGAAGAAUUUAAAGAUAUUUGGUUUUUGAAAAAUGGCCAUGUUUGUAUAAUGGUUCUUGGUGAGAUACCAGAAUUAGAUUAUAGUGAAAAUAAUGAUUUAUCAGAUUUAGAAAAUAACUAUGGUACUGAACUUGAAACUAUUAGGAAAACUGCUCAAUAUAUUAAAAGAAAAGAACGUAGAAAUCUAAAUUUAAAUAUCCAAUGGGAAAAACAAUGCUUAGGCAUAUUUUCAUUACAACCCGCUUACCCAGGCAGAUCUUCUCAUGUGGUUACAGGAACUUUCUUAGUUAAUGCAGGUAUUAGAGGUAAGGGGAUAGGUAAAACGUUAGUGGAAACAUUUAUAGAAUGGGCCAAAAGAUUAGGUUUUACUUCAUCUUGUUUCCCAUUAGUUUAUGGUUCAAAUGUAGGAAUACGAAGAAUUUUAGAAAGUUUAAAUUUUAAAAGAAUUGGCAAAUUACCUGAAUCUGCAAUUUUAAAAGGUUAUGAUAUACCUGUAGAUUCGUUUAUUUAUGGCAAAGAAUUUACCCAUAUUACCAAGAGUAUGAAUUUCUUAAAAGAUCCAAGUAGAAAUAGUGAUUAUGCCAAAUAUAAAAGAUUGAAAUAUUAUAUAGACACAGGGAAAUACCCAAAUCAUUGUGAUAGAAAUGAAAAGGCAAGAUUAAGAGUUUCUGCUAAAUCACACAAUGUUUUAAAUGGUAAAUUAAUGGUAAGAGGGAAACAAGUUAUUUACAAUCCUGUAGAACAAAGACAAUUAGUUAUGGAAAUGCAUUUAGUAGAUCAUUUAGGUAUUAAUCGUUUAACUGCUAAAAUAUCUGAAAGAUAUCAUUGGAAAGGUAUAAAACAUACUGUAGCAGAAGUAAUUGCAUUAUGCCCACAAUGUAAAUUAAGAACUAAAGAUGGAACUGGUGUCGUUGUUUUACCAAAUGCUUCAGUUCAUCAAGCACAUAUGCUACCACAGAAUACAAUUAAUAAUCAAGUAGAAUUGGAUCAUUCUGUUCAAUUAUCUCAAAUGGCAGCCGCAGUUGUACGAACGUUACAAGAUGAAGUCAAUGUAGAUUCAGGAAUUACACCUCCUGAUUUGUUUGAUAAACGACUUAAUAAUGGUACUUCCAGUAACAUAAAUAAUAACACUAACAACAACAAUAUUAAUAAUAACACUAACAACAACAAUAUUAAUAAUAACACUAACAACAACAAUAUUAAUAAUAACAAUAAUAAUCAUCAUAAUUUUGAAAAAUCAAAGACAAUAAACAAAAAUCAAAAUUUUAAACAAACACAAUCAAAACACAAUCAUAACCAUAAUCAUAUUAAUAAUGACAAUAAUGACAAUAAUGAUAAUAAUACCAAACAUAAUAUAAACAGUACUAAUGACACCGAUUCCUCCAUUAUGACCACUCAAUUAAAUGACAAUAGUCAAGAUAAUAGUCAACAGGACCAUAAUACUACAAAUGAUUUAUAUUCAGAGUAUUCCUUAAACACUUUUGAUAAAUUUGUAGAGGGUAAUAGAACAAAAAAAAGAAGAACAUAUUUAGAUGCAGCAGCAAGUGCAUUCGCCGAAUCAAUGCGACAACCCACAACAAAGUAUAGAAAACUUGAUGAUAGCAAUGGUAAUCAACAACAUAUUAUGGGUUCAGCAGAAGAACAAUUGAUGAAUAAUGCGAUCAUGGAGUUAAAUGAACCAGUAUUACAUCAUGUUACAAAUUCUAAUAAAAAUAUGAACGAUAUACAUACCCAUGAAGAUGUUUUUAAAAGCAUAUCUCCACCCAGAUCAAUCACUAUAAGUAAAAAUGCUUAUAAUGACGACAGUGACGGAAACGAAGAUAUUAUGAAUGAUCAAGACGUUUCUCCCCAUGAUGGAUUAAGCUAUUAUUAG